AUGAGCGCCUCGCCUGUGCCGUCUGCGGCCGCGGCCGCCUCCACCUCUGCUGCCGGCGCUGCCCAGGCCCGCUCCGGCUCCAGCUCGCCGGUGCACAAGCGUGCGCGCCGCGACGAGGCUGAUGCUCCUUCUGGCUCGGCUGCUGCGACUUCUGCUGCUCCGUCCGCUGCGGCGGCGCCGCGCACUGAGCCGACCAAGGCGCUGGCGGCGCGCAAGCGCGGCCGUGCCGCACAGAUGGCCAAGUUCGGCGUGCCGCCCGUCGAGCACGACGUGCGCCGCCUGCUGGGCGCCGACGUCGUGGCGCGCCUCGAGGCCGAGGGCCGCGACUGGGAGCUGCGUGCCUCGGGCGAGGUGUGCGACGUGCGCAUCGAGACACUCGGCAGCGGAGGCGACGGCCUGGCAAAGGCGCCGAGCGGCGACUGGGCCAUCGUCGUGCCGCACGUGCUGCCCGGCGAGCUGGUGCGCGUGCGCUGGUGGAGCAACGAGCGCAUGUGGUCCAAGGCGGACCUGCUGGAGGUGCUCGAGCCGUCGGAGAAGCGCCUGCCUGCGCCGUGUCCUUACUUUGGCCAGUGCGGCGGCUGCCAGUACCAGAUGCUCUCAUAUGACGAGCAACUGGCGCACAAGCAGCUCGUCGUCGAGCGCGCCUUCGCCAACUAUUCCGGUCUUCCCGCCGAGCUGCUGCCGCGCAUCGGCGCGACGCUGCCGUCGCCGCAGCAGCUGCGCUACCGCACCAAGCUCACGCCGCACUUUGACCUGCCGCGCGAGCUGCGGCGCGGCAAGGGCGGGCGCGCGCCAAAGGGCGGCAUGCCGUCGGCCGGCGAGGUCGAGCAGAUUGCGCGUGCGCUGCCGAUCGGCUUCGACCAGGUCAAGGGCAACGGCAUCCUCGACAUUGAGGAAUGCAUCAUCGCGACGCCGACGAUCAACGAGGCGCUGCCACGCAUCCGGCAGGGUGUGCGCGACCGGAUUGCGUCGUACAAGAACGGAGCCACAUUGCUGCUGCGCGACUCCUUUGUCAAGAACCCGGCAGCCGAUGGCGCAGCAGCGACAGAGGUGGUGCUGGACGAGGCCCCUGCGCCAGCUGCUCCGCGCGAGGAGCUCUCGGAGGUCAUCACGGAUCAUAAAGCAGUGGUGCGGGAGCGCGUCGGCAAGAUCAUGUUCGAGUCGCCCGCAGGCGCAUUCUUCCAGAACAACCGCUCCAUUCUGCCCUCGCUACUGAGCUACGUCGAGGCCGCAUUGCGAGCGCUGCCGGCAUUCUCCUCAGAGUCGCAGGAGAGCCGGUUUCUCGUCGACACGUACUGCGGCAGCGGCUUCUUUGCCCUCUCGCUCGCGCACCUCUUCUCGCGCGUCGCAGGCGUCGAGCUCAGCGCCGAGAGCAUCGCCUGCGCCACGCGCAACGCCACGCUCAACUCGAUCACGAACUGCGAGUUUCUCGCUGGCUCGGCCGAGGCCAUCUUCGCAAAAAUCAAGUUCCCCGCCGAGCGCACGACGCUCAUCAUCGACCCGCCGCGGCGCGGCUGCGACGACGUCUUUCUGACGCAGCUGCUGCGCCUGCGCCCGCGCCUCGUCGUGUACGUCUCGUGCAACGUGCACACGCAGGCGCGCGACAUUGGCCAGAUCUUGCGCGGCGAGCCGCGGUACGAGGUUGUGAGCGCGUGCGGUGCCGACCUCUUCCCGAUGACAUACCACGUCGAGGGCGUUGCGGUGCUCCAGCUGCGCGACGAGGUACCGACCCCUGCGACCGACAGCGCUGCAGUCGCGCCCUGA